ACUUUCUUCUUAUUAUUCAAUCCCAUUCAUCAGAUAGAGAGAAGCCUCUUCGUUUCGUUUGGCUCACCACACGACACAAUGUGUGGGAUACUAGCAGUCCUCGGUUGCAUCGACAACUCUCAAGCUAAACGUUCUCGUAUCAUCGAGCUCUCUCGCAGAUUGAGGCAUAGAGGUCCUGAUUGGAGCGGACUGCAUUGUCAUCAAGAUUGUUACCUUGCUCAUGAGCGUUUAGCCAUCAUCGACCCAACCUCCGGUGACCAGCCUCUCUAUAACCAAGACAAAACCGUCGUUGUCACUGUCAAUGGAGAGAUAUACAACCACAAGAGUCUGCGUGAGAAUCUGCUCAAGUCUCAUCAGUUCUGGACUGGUAGUGACUGUGAAGUCAUUGCUCAUCUUUAUGAAGAACAUGGAGAGGAGUUUAUUGACAUGUUGGAUGGGAUGUUUGCCUUUGUUCUUCUCGAUACACGCGAUAAAAGUUUCAUCGCUGCAAGGGACGCUAUCGGUGUCAUCCCUUUGUACAUUGGAUGGGGUGUUGAUGGUUCUGUCUGGUUUGCUUCUGAGAUGAAGGCACUUAGUGAUGACUGUGAGCAGUUUAUGGCUUUCCCUCCAGGCCACAUCUAUUCAAGUAAACAAGGAGGGCUUAGGAGGUGGUACAAUCCUCCAUGGUACUCUGAGCUGGUUCCUUCAACCCCAUAUGAUCCUUUAGUGCUCCGCAAUGCUUUUGAGCAGGCUGUUAUAAAGAGACUAAUGACUGAUGUGCCUUUCGGAGUUCUUCUCUCUGGAGGUCUAGACUCCUCCCUCGUUGCUUCAGUAGCAUUACGCCAUUUGGAAAAAUCUGAAGCUGCCCAAUGGGGUUCACAACUGCAUACAUUCUGCAUUGGCCUGAAGGGGUCACCGGAUCUUAAAGCUGGCAGAGAAGUUGCUAACUAUCUUGGGACUCGCCACCACGAGUUUCAGUUCACAGUUCAGGACGGGAUAGAUGCAAUAGAGGAAGUCAUUUACCAUAUCGAGACUUAUGAUGUGACUACCAUAAGAGCUAGCACGCCGAUGUUUCUCAUGUCAAGAAAAAUCAAAUCAUUAGGUGUAAAAAUGGUUCUUUCUGGUGAAGGCUCUGAUGAGAUUCUCGGAGGAUACUUGUACUUCCACAAGGCACCUAACAAGAAAGAGUUUCACGAAGAAACAUGCCGAAAGAUCAAAGCUCUUCACCAAUAUGAUUGUUUGAGAGCAAACAAGUCAACAUCUGCUUGGGGUGUUGAAGCUCGUGUGCCUUUCCUAGAUAAAGAGUUUUUAAACGUGGCAAUGAGCAUUGAUCCAGAGUGGAAGAUGAUCAGGCCUGAUCUCGGGAGGAUUGAGAAAUGGGUGCUACGCAAUGCCUUUGAUGAUGAAGAGAAGCCUUAUCUUCCAAAGCACAUUCUGUAUAGACAGAAAGAGCAGUUCAGUGAUGGAGUUGGGUAUAGCUGGAUUGAUGGUUUGAAAGAUCAUGCAAACAAACAUGUCUCUGAUACUAUGCUGUCAAACGCAAGCUUUGUCUUCCCGGACAACACACCUAUGACAAAAGAAGCUUACUACUACAGAACCAUUUUCGAAAAGUUCUUCCCUAAGAGCGCUGCAAGAGCGACGGUACCAGGAGGUCCAAGUAUAGCUUGCAGCACAGCGAAGGCUAUAGAGUGGGAUGCAACUUGGUCAAAGAAUCUUGAUCCUUCGGGACGUGCGGCUCUUGGAGUUCAUGUCGCAGCUUAUGAGGAAGAUAAAGAGAAAUUAGCUGCUAAUGGUGCUCUAAGAAGUUAAGACGGAUGAAAAGAGAACGUUACAAGGCGUACUUGUCUGCAUGCAUUUCCAGUUCCUGCAAACUUGAUACACGUUGUCUGCAUCUUGUACCUAAGUUCUAGUUCUUUUGUAUGUUGUUUCAGACAAAUCUUGUACGCUCCUUGAAUAUUUAAGAUUUUAAACGUUAAAUAAGUUUUGUGUUCGGUUC